AUCUCUCUCUCUCAUCUGUUCUUCCUUUCUCGUGAUCGGAUCACAGUGUCUCACACACACACACACACACACUGCAGAUCGGCGUGAAUGCGCGUGGAAGGUGGGCGGGGUUUUGAGAUACGGAUGGAUCUCUCCUCCUCCUCUCUCUCUCUCUCUCUCUCUCUCGGUGUUUAUACUCGGUGACAGGCGGCCAGAUAACGGAGGUGUGUGCGUGUGUGAGGUGGAGCGGCAGCAGGAGCGUCCUGUGUGAGUGAAGAGCAUGAGGAGAUGGAUGUGGAUCAGUGUGAUUAUUCGGAUGAUCCGUGGGUGAUCACGGCUGAACAGUUGGAUUAUUACACGCAUCAGUUCCUCAGUCUUCAGCGCGACCUGAGCGGCCUCGUCCUGGGCCCUGAUGCGAAAAACUUCUUCACAAAGUCGAAGCUGCCCAUCCGUGAGCUCUCUCAUAUAUGGGAGCUGAGCGAUGUGGAUCGGGACGGAGCCCUCACCUUCCCAGAAUUCUGCACGGCGUUUCACCUGGUCGUGGCACGAAAAAAUGGUUACCCGCUUCCUGAUCACCUGCCGCUCACACUCCUCUCAGCUUUCAGACCUGCACCUCAGGACUCGCAGCCUCUCAUCGUGUUUGAGGACGCAGAGACACUCAGGCAAAAGGAUAUAGACAUUAUCAACCAGCAGGAAGUCAGAGACAAGAUGCAUGAGCAAGAUUUCAGUCAGGAGAGAGCAGAUGAAAACCAGCAAAGCAGCACUUUAAAACUAGGAAUGUGUGUGUGUGUUUCAGAUCCUCCUACUGAGCUGGAUAUUAAUGCGAAGUCAAGAACGAGACCCAGGUCUUACUCCAGCACCUCUAUAGACGACGCUAUGAAGAAAUCAGAAGAGCCCCCAACUCCUCCACCACGUCCUCAGAAAACACACUCUCGCGCUUCAUCGCUGGAUCUGAACAAACUCCUGCAGCAGGGCGGGAAGAGCGGCUGGCUUCCUCCUCCUCCUCCCGCACUUCCACCUCGAACUCUGACCUCACAGCAGACGCCUCACUUCCUCCCCGGCGCGGACCAGAACUCCCAGCAUGCAAUGCAGAAGCCUUAUUUUGCAGACAUUAACAAGUGCAGAGUUCAGGAGGAUUCAACAGUGCGCUCCCCAAGUCACACCCCUCAGAAACCUGCACGCAGAAAACUCCACUCGGAAAGCCAGAAUGCCAGUCAUACAGUGGGCGUGGCCUACCCAAACCCUGCAUCUUCAUCAGUGCCCAAACUGGCUCAUAGGCAGAAGAAAGAGAUUCAGACAGCCAUCAGGAAGAAUAAAGAAGCGAACGCAGUGCUGAAACGCCUCAACAGUGAACUGCAGCAACAGCUAAAGGAGAUUCAUCUACAGAGGGUUACUUUAGAGUCUCAGUUGGACCUGCUGCGUCCAUCGGCCUCUACCUGACCUCCUGAAAACACACACACACACAAACACACACACACACACACGCACACACACACACAGUCUGGAACACAGACUAAAAGCACACUGUGUCAGUGAAAAAGGUGCAAAAAAAACUGAAUUUCUAUGGAACUGCGGUAUCUUAAGAUUUGCUUUGCUUUGAUUAAAAUCUGUAUAGCAGGAACUGAGCAGAGUUCAGACAGUUAAUAAACACAACUCCACAAUCGUAUCUAUAGGGCUAAAACUAGAGCUCACACAGUCUUCUAGAGAGUGGAGGAUUAGGAUAGAGGAACAUGAGGAAGGAGGAGAACCGAUUUAACCAGGAGAGCUGGAGUAGGAAAGGUAACACGGGGACCAGAAAACCAAGCACCGUGUUCAGAGUUGAGUUAAUCGAGUGCGAUGAGGAUUUAAUACCGAAGUCGUUCGCAUCCGUAUUCAGGUGUUCGACGUAACUAUAGAGACUAAAGCGCUAUUCAGAAGUUACGUGAGAGUUAUGCACAUGAGAGUUUGUUCUCAGGUGCGUGCAAUCCUGACCUUGAACUCGAGAGUUUCCUGUUUGCGUGAUAUCGGCUCGAGCGAUGAGCACCGCUAAGCCGGCGCCACCGUCUGACAGUUUAAUGUAACAACAACGUGUCACACAUGAGUAACCGAUGGAGCACGGUGUGUAAGGGAUAAUCCACGGAUCGUGUGUUACACGAUUUUAAUGAGGCAAAGAACCACCUCACGUGAAGUGGACCACUUUAUAAUGGUGUAACGAACACCUUGCCGUGGAUUAUCCCACUUACACCACGCUCACUGUCGAGUUAAAUCUGUCAUCGAUGUUUGCGGCGCAAAAUAUCUCUAAAUCAUACACAGAGAUAAAGUAGUGCGAUUAGAUUGCGAAUGAAUUGUAAUAAAUUGUUAUUAGAGAGAGAGAGAGAGUGAAUUACCUGCGUCUGUGCCGCAUCUCUACUAAUAAUGAAGCUGUGAGUUUAACUACUGUACGCAACUGUAACUGUAUGUUACCAUGGUUACAACUGUUUACAGGCAGCACAUUAAUGCAUUCAUUUAGAAUGGUGAUUAAACUGACCGGAACUUCCUGUGCACACUUUCCAGCCAAUCAGAACGGAGUAUUCAGAUAGACCAUGGUAUUAAAAACAACACCAACUGCACAAUAACAGUCCGCGCUGGAUCAAGUGCUGUUCUAUACGCCGCUGAAUAACGAGCGAGGAAGCCAUUUUGUUCAGUUAAACCCAGUGAUUAAUGAGAUCGUUACCGUUAGGACUGUAAUCUACAGUUUUAGAUUGAGAUUUACAUUCAACACUCGCCAUCUUCUCAGUCAGAUAUCAUCAUGUUAGUCUUUUUAUUUUUCGGGUUAAAAGGCGAGUGUUUGUGUUUAUAGAUGUUAUUGAGGAAGCCCAUCUUGGACGCUUCUACUCUAGAAAACUCUGACGUGAACUACAGGUACGUGAUGUGAACAACCGGAACGUGGCGAGCAGUAAAGCAGCUCUGAACACAGGAAAUAUUUUCUUCAGAAUAACUUCCUAGUACUUGGUUCAAGGGUUCUUUAGAGGGUCGUUAUGAUGAUAAUUAAGGGCUGUUACUAUAGCUUCCUAAAAGGGUUUUUCUGAUAUGGACAUACUUUGGGUAGGGUUCUCCUAGAGAACCUUUCAAGAGUGUUCGUGACCGUCCGGCCACAGAAGACUGGAACGUAUCUACUGAUCAUGAUUUAUUGAAUGUCCUUGAAAUUCUUCUUACUGUGAAUCUGCGUUCAUACAAACUUUCCUCAUAUAAUGUUUAUUUU